AUGCCAGCCAUUUUGGUCACCCCUAAGAUGAAGUCAGGAUUGCCCAAGCCUGUGCACAGCGCUCUGCCCAUUCCUCAGGCUCACAUUCAGACACGGAUAACUCAGAGCAGCGGCACGAAGCUCACACGCCAGUCCAGUCUGAGGAAAAGCAAACAGAGCACCAGGACACUGCAGAGAAAGAGCCAUGCGGGCGACGAAACAGCGACAGAUCCACAGAUUUACACAGACUGGGCAAACCACUACCUGGCAAAGUCGGGUCAUAAGCGUUUGAUCAGAGAUCUUCAGCAGGACGUCGCGGACGGAGUACUUCUGGCUGAAAUCAUCCAGGUUGUAGCUAACGAGAAGAUUGCGGAUAUAAACGACUACCCUGAAAGCCACUCUCAGAUGAUUGAGAACAUAGAUGCCUGUCUUGGCUUUUUGGCAGCUAAAGGAGUGAAUAUAAAGGGACUCUGUGCUGAAGAGAUCCGCAGUGGCAAUCUGAAAGCCAUCCUGGGCCUGUUUUUCAGCUUAUCACACUACAAACAACAGCUGCAACAUGCAUCACUGAAGCAGGCCAACGAAGAUACCCACAUCCUCCAGACUGCCCGUGUCCAGAGUGCCAGUCCUGCCCAGGCACACUCCCCAUGGUGUACUCCUAAUGCAGCCCCCUGCCAGGUCCACAUCCAUGAGCACGAGCAGCACAGCACCAGUGUAUCUGUGCUCAAGACUCAAGAGGACAUGCACUCCAGACUACCAGGUCCAUCGAUCCAGCCCAGGAGAUCCAGCAGCAGACGCAGCCAAAGCUUCAUUCAUCGUGACGAGUCUAAAUCCCCGAUGUCAUCCUGCUCUCAGCACACAGAUAAAUCAAGUCCAUCUCCAGUAAUGGAGAUGACUCCCAGUUCCCCUGUUCUUCCAUCUAGCAGCACCACUGGCACCACCAGCACCAAAGGAUGGAGGAGCAAAUCACUCAACGCCAAACACAGUGCCACCUCCUCUAUUCUUUCCAUCAAACAACCUUCUUCUUCCUUGGAGGUUCCUCCAAAAGUCAUCGCCCAAAAGUCCAUGCUAGACAAACUGAAGCUUUUUAACAGCAGACCCUCUUCUCGAGCAUCCAGUGUUGCAUCUCUAGAAGAUCCUGAAGCUUCAAGUCCAGAUCCAAAUGAAGCAAACAUUUGUUCUGUCCAUCCUGAAGCACAUUUGGGCGACCAGCAACCCAUCAUGGCAGGUAACUCCAGUCCUAAGCUGGCCUUGAAAGGUAUUGCACAAACGACGUUAAGGAGGACUUUGGUGCCCAAAGUCAAGGCUGCUGAGAAGGACAAAGUAAAGACAAAAGGUAAAGAUAAAACAACAAAACAAUCUUCUGGCAUUGAGCAAGACCGGAUUAUGGAAGAACGAGAAGAAACCAGAGCUGAACCUCUGACAUUGGCUGAUGGGAAAAAAUCAAGUUUGAUUCCCAAAGGAACCAAGGGCCAUAGCAACACUAAGAAAGAAGGGUCAUUACAGAGUGGUAUACCCAAACCGGGGCAAACCAGUAAGGCCUCAGGGGUGAUAAAGAACUCAGUUGCACCCUCUGGUGGAAAAGUAGAGCAUUCUCGUGGUUUCAGAGCUGGAGGUGCUGCAUUGGUGCAUAAAGGUCCGAUGGAGAACAAGAACUCUAACUCUGCUUCCAGUUUGGUGUCGACAGAAGGACGAUGUAGUCAGAACAGCUCGAGUAGUGUCACUCAGACCAGCAAUACGAACAACAUCCAGCUUCCUCAAACACAGCACAGCCAUCCCAACACGGCGACAGUUGCACCCUUCAUGUACAGGUCUCAGACAGAUGUGGACAGAACCAGCGUGACUGAAGCAGGAAGAGAGAAGAAGGAGAGAUCAGUUCUUCACAGCAAAUCCAUCCACACAUCUUUGGAAAGCCUGAGAGGUGAGGAUUCUGAGAGCAGGAGACUGAGGACCGUGAAGAACAUCGCUGAUUUGAGACAAAACCUGGAGGAAACCAUGUCCAGCCUGAGACACGUCACUCAUAUCAGUCACAGCACCCUGCAGACGACUUUUGAUGCCUGCAUAACCACAGAGAUCAGCACGAGGGACUCACUCACCCUCGCUCCCCGCCCUGUCUCGGCCUCUCCAUGGCAACCGGGUACAUCUGGUCCACGUCUUCAGGCGGGCGACGCCCCCUCGUUAACUAGCGGUUACGGCUCCAGCAAGGCGGAGAUGUUGGAGCGCAUCACAACGGACAGCGCAGGUUACGUGAGCGAUGGAGACAUCCUGAGAAAGACUGUCAGGAUGGACAGCGCCACCAGCGGCUACAUGACAGAUGGCGGGCUGAGUGUGUAUACACGUCAGACACACAAGCACUCCUCCACGCUCCUCCACUGCGAGACCCACACUGACAUCGACAGGGGAGUGAGGGAAGGAGAGAGACGGAGUGGAGGUGAUCUCAUGAAGCUCCCCGGCAUGCAGCUCAACUUCAGCGGCCACUCCACCGCCGUCUCUCCGGACUACUGGGACGACAGCAGUUCAGUCAGCAGUGGGAUCAGCGACGCGCUAGACACAGAUGAACUCAAUACCAGUUCGUCUCUCAGCUCCUACGUCAACACUCCAUCUGCUCCACGCAGGGACAUAGAAGAGCAGCUCCAGACAGACGCCGAGAAGCGUUCUGCCAUUGGAUGCAGCUCCACCUGGACCGACGACCUCAGGCGUCCAGACGGCUGCUCAGACCCAGGCAUUGAGAUGGAGACCAGCUCAAAGUGGUGCAACCCGUCCGAUUUCUCAGAUGAAGCAGAGCGCAAUUUGACCGGUCGUAAACCGCAUACCAUAGCUCAAACAGGUUCUUGGAGGCGAGGCAUGAGCGCCCAGCUGGGUAUCACCUGUCCAAGGACCAAGACUCCGACUCCAGCAAACUGCAGCCCACUGAAAAUCCACAGUAAUGGCAAAACAGAUGACGCCAAAGUGUCAGAGAAAAGUCGUUUCUCACCACAGAUACCUCCAUAUGAAAACAAGAAGCUGCCCUCAAGCUCUGGCUCCCACACACCAACCAAUACAUUUGGCUUCAAGAAAACUUCCACCACAGCAACAAUAACUGCCAGCGGUGCAGUACUAACAAGUGGCUCUGCCACUCUGGGGAAGAUGCCCAAAUCCAUCGGCUUUGGUUCAUCUCGUCUAGUGGGCAAGCAAACUAGUGUCGAUGAUGGGUACCUUCUGCCAAGCGUCCGAACCAACCUCCAGUACCGGAGUCUCCCUCGGCCUAGUCGUUCCAACAGCAACAUGGGCACUACCCGUAGUACCGGUCGCUCCAUUGAUGCUAGCCCUAUCAGCAAAGGCACAGCCACUCUACCCAACCCAAAGAGCCGCAGCCUGACCAGAUCCAGUGCCAACCAGACAGACCGGGAGAAGGGAGUGUUCUCAGACACAGACAGCCUAGCUUUGGGACCACUAAAUAAAUCCAGUGGGGGUGCUCAAUGCCAGACUGGUAGACAAACAGGAGGGAAGAGCUCAGAUACGUCCUCACCUACCUUGCGCAGACUCUUUGGGAGUAAACCAGGCACCAAGCCGACCUCCAUCACCACCUCUGACAACAGGAAGAACUCCACGAUAAUCUCCAACCCACACACGACUUCCAUCCAGACCAACACUCUUGAGGCACCACCAGUCAGUAGCGGAAGCACACAUGGUCCCCGACAUGGGGAAAAUCUACCGAUUAUGCUCAACUCAACAAGCAAUGGCAUGAAGGUGUCUCUGGGCAAAGAGGAUCCGGUUUCCACAUGCCCUGACCGUACUGGUACCAUGCGGAGUGGCCAAUCGGACAGCCCGUUCUCUUCUCCUGCUGUUAGCCCUAAAUUCAGCCGUGCCACCUUGUCGCAAAGGCAGGACAGAUAAAAGUAUGCUCACCUGCCACAAGGGCGGGGCACAGAAGACGCACGUGAUUGGUUGAACUGUCAUCCCAGUGUUGGAAUUCAGGACUCACCAAGCUCCUCCUCCUUUUCACCUGCCUCGACCCUCAGCUCACCUUCCGCAGCACGCUUCAACUUCACCACUAUUGUCAAUCCCACCAUGGCUACGCAGAUAAACCUGGCAACCCCAAGGCCCUCCGGCAACUCUGCCAAUCAGGACGGGCCACAUGAGCAGCACGGCGACUCUCGUCUACGCAAUGCCACGCUCACUCUGGUGGAGAAAAACCGCACCAUGAGCAACUCUGGAUCUUUCCGUGAGGCACUGGAGGAAGUGCAUGGCUCUUCUCUGUCUCUGGUGUCCAACACGUCCUCUGUCUACUCCACGCCUGAAGAGAAGUCUCAGUCAGAGAUCCGAAAGCUCAGGAGAGAGCUGGAGGCGUCUCAGGAGAAAGUGUCAACGCUGACCACACAGCUAAGCGCCAAUGCUCACCUGGUGGCUGCGUUCGAGCAGAGCUUGGGCAACAUGACAAUCAGAUUGCAGAGUCUAACCACAACAGCAGAACAGAAGGACACAGAGCUGAAUGAAAUGAGGAAGACCAUCGAGCUGUUGAAGAACCAGAACUCCGCUGCUCAGGCUGCCAUCAGCGGAGCAAUUAACAAACCAGAAAUCUCAAACAAAGACCCCUCCAACGGUUCUCCUCUCUCAGCAGCAGCAGAUCUGCAGAUCCAGCGCCAGCCCUCCUCUGACAGUGUGUCGAGCCUCACCAGUCACUCCAGUCUGGAGCUUGACCCCAACAGCAAGAAGAAAAGGAAGAACUGGGUUUGUGAGCUAAGGAGCUCUUUCAAACAGGCCUUCGGAAAGAAAAAGGCCCUAAAGUCAGCCUCGUCUCAUUCAGACGUUGAAGAGAUGGAUGAGUCCUCUGUCCCUUCAUCACCCAGACUGCCGUAUGGCUGCCACUCCGCUGGGACAUCACUGCUCCGACACUCACACUCCAACUCGCUCCCUCUCCUUUCAUCGCUGUCUGUUUAUGGAAAUGCUUGGAGCUGUAACAGUGCUCCCAUCAGGACCAGUUCUCUGGCACGUAUCACGGAAUGUACUGACUGUGAGACGGAGACGGUCAUGCAGUUGCGCAACGAGCUGCGUGAGAAGGAGAUGAAACUGACUGAUAUCAGACUGGAGGCACUGAGCUCCGCCCACCAGCUCGACCAGCUCCGAGAGUCCAUGAACCGCAUGCAGGUGGAGAUGGAGAAGCUGAAAGUGGAGAAUGAGCGUCUGAGAACAACCACUAGGGGGAGCUGCAGCACAACCACAUCACAGGCCUCUGUGUGUCCCUCGACCCUCGGUCUAUCCUCUCAGUCAAGCCUUACUGAGUCCACAAGCCUAGACAUGCUGCUGGAGGACAGUGGAGAUGGCGGCUCUCGUAAAGAGGGACACCAUGUCAAAGUGGUUGUGAGUCUGGACAGAGACCCAAAGUGGAAAGAGAAGAGCAGACAAAACGACUUCCUGAUUGGCUGCAUCGGCAUCAGCAGUAAAACCAAAUGGGAAGUUCUGGAUGGUGUUGUCCGACGCCUCUUCAAGGAAUACAUCAUCCAUGUGGACCCGGCCUCACAGCUGGGCCUGAACACAGACAGCGUGCUCAGCUACGGUAUCGGAGACGUUCAGCGUACCAGCGAAGCCAGCACGCCGGAGCUGCUGCCCUGUGGCUACCUGGUGGGAGACAGUGACACCAUCUCCGUCAGACUGAAAGGUGUUGAGGAGCACAGUGAGGAUACGUUGGUGUUUGAGACGCUCAUCCCGAAGCCCAUCCUGCAGCGCUACGUUUCUCAGCUACAGGAACAUCGGCUCAUCAUUCUGUCUGGACCCUCAGGCACUGGGAAGAGUUUCCUGGCUGCCAGGUUGGCUGAGUAUGCGGUCCUGAUGGAAGGACGUUCGCUAAACAAACAGCUCAUCACGUCUUUCAAUGUGGACAGCAAGUCCAGCAAGGAGCUGAAGCAGUACCUGUCGAACCUGACCGAGCAGUGCAGCAGUAACAGCAGCACACGGGCUGUGGACACUCCUCGGGUCAUCAUCAUAGAAAACCUGCACCAUGCCGGCUCUCUGAGCGACCUCUUCAACGGCCUGCGCAACUGCAAACACCACUGCUGCCCUUAUAUAAUCGGCACUAUGAACCAGACAUCAUCAUCUGCGUCCACCCCGAAUCUACAGCUUCACCAUAAUUUCAGAUGGCUGCUUUGUGCGAAUCACACUGAACCAGUGAAGGGCUUCUUGGGUCGUUUUCUGCGCCGGAAGCUUCUGGAAACUGAGAUCAGCAGUCGCGCGCGUAACUCCGACCUGGUCAAGAUCAUCGAGUGGAUCCCGUGUGUCUGGCAACAUCUCAACCGCUUCCUGGAGACACACAGCUCCUCUGAUGUCACCAUCGGGCCGUGUCUCUUCCUGUCUUGUCCUAUGGACGUCGAGGGUUCUCAGGUGUGGUUUACAGACCUGUGGAACUACUCCAUCAUUCCCUACAUGCUUGAGGCCGUACGUGAGGGUCUGCAGCUGUAUGGCAGAAAGGCAGCAUGGGAGGACCCGUCUCUCUGGGUUUUAGAGAGUUACCCGUGGCCAUCUUGCCUUCAGCAGCUCCAGUGUCCUCUGCUCCAGCUGCGGCGUGAGGACGUCGGCUUUGACGGCUUCCCCCGAGAACCCGGCACACAGGGCACAGAGAUCGCACCGGACGGAGCAGAACGUGACCCGCUGAUGAACAUGCUAAUGAGGCUCAAGGAGGCGGCUCAUUGCGCCAGCCCACCGGGCGACGACAGCGACUCCAGCAGCCACAGUAACGGCGAGGACGUCCAGGAUCCAUCGGUGGAAUCUACACUGUGAAUAACACAGCAAUACGUCUUACUCUUCCAUGAAGAGAGCAGCUUAGUGUCACUAAGAGCACACAAAACUGGACAAUCUGCGUAGGAAACAUACCUAUGGAUCAUCAAAAAAAGUCGAUCUGGAUUGAUUUCGAAGCAGUUUUCAGCGCGCGAAUCAUUGGUAGCAAACUUGGCGGUUAUUUUUUUUUUAAACACGCCCUUGAUGAUGUUCGGAAACAGAUCAGGAUUUUAAUAUCAUGACCUUCGAGAUCACUUGCAGGACAAAGAUAGUGUCAUGGAACUGUUUUUUUGCCCUUAAUAUCAAUUUCAGUAGCAGUUUGCCCUCCCUGUUUCCUGUCAACUAUAAAAACACAAAGUGCCACAAACUGCCCUGUCUUUAUAACUAGCCGUCAUUAGCCGCUAGCUUUAAAUUUAUCCAGCACAAUAAUGCUGCGUUUGAUUUGCCUCGUAAGUGGAAUUACGCCAUUUUCAACCUCGGCGCUUUCAACAUACAAAAGAAGAAAAACAUAAACACCUCCAAGUUUGUCUUUUGUCAGCAACCAGCUAAUCAAAACAACUGAAAUAUAUUUUCCUCUAGUCAUCCUAUACGGUGUUUUCGAUUUAACGAGCAAAUACGUCUCUAUGUUGAUGGAUCUUUGGCUGUUUUCUUUGUUAGUUGGAGGUUGGGAAUUCUGAGUUGCGACGUCUAAUCGAACGCUGCAUAAAAUUAAGGUGUGGUAUUGUGUAUAAAGGUGUGAUAGCUGGCUUUAAAAAAAACCAGCAAAUUAUUAUAAUAAUUUUCAACAUUUAAAGUCACCUUAAAGGAACAGUCCACCGUACUUCCAUAAUGAAA